AUGCGAUUCCAUCUCUCACAGAGAACUUUCCGCACGAUUGUAGAGAACAGACCGUGGACUCACCUUCGAUGCCGCAGGCGGCUGGGAUUGUUCGCUCCCGCUCGAACCGCCCAAUGCCAGUCGCUCUACAACAUCCAGCGAAGAUAUCUUUUCAGCUUUCCUAGUGUUACCCAGGCAGUUUCCCAACAGGAAACCAAAAAGGGCCAUUCUGCAGAUCAUGGGGCCAAACGAAUGAUGGAGUUGGUGGAAGCAUUGGAGCAGAAAUCUCGUCCCCCGCCACCAGAUAUUAUCGCCAGGGCACUCUCGUCCUUCAUCCAGCAACGACUGGAAAACCCUAUGACUUUAACAACGAACCAAGUCAGAUUCCUACAAAAGGCAUUGCAUUAUUUAAAUGGUGCCACAAGGGAAGAGCAAUUCACACAUUUGGCUCCGGAUAUCACACAGUUGAUAGAUAUCCUGAAGGCAAUAUCACAAUCAGAAUGGGAGGCGGAUGCCCAAGACGACGUACGCAUUCUUGCUAGAUUGGCUUAUGGAAAGAUCUGUUCCAGGGUAGCCAGAGAACCCGGUAAUACGGGACAUCCCAGUGCGGAGGCUAUGUAUCCAUACUUAUAUAUAUUGGCUUCCACUGGGAAAUCUGGCGAAGCACUGCGCUUGAUUGAGGGGCAUUGGGAAAAUGUUUUCGUCAACGAAGGAACGUUGCCUUGGAUAACUGUGGCAAAAGGUUCUUUGAAAGAAGAAGACAAAGGCGAGUCCAUGAUACUUAACGUCCUGGAAAAGAUGACAAGCCGAGGUAUUCGAUUAGAUCAAGAAUCCCAUGAAAUAUUGACACUGGCAGCAGCAAAAGAGGGAAAUGGCAAAGCAGCUAGAUCUGUCUAUGAAUGGAGCCUUACCCACUCAGUAGAGCCCACUCUCGCUGCCACAAUUGCUGUUGCGAACGCUACAAUUUGGGAUGGUAGUGCAGAAUGGGCUUCCAGGCUCCUCAAGCUUCUUCGCCAGAGCCCGACCCCAGAAAUUAGGGAUGCUGUUUUGCUACUAGCGGUCAAAGAAGGAGGCGGAGCUGCUGAUGUUGAGAAAGAGCUGACUGACCUUCGUGUCAUGAACCCUGAAUUACAGUUUAGCUUAACGAUAUCCACUUUCAACAAAAUCUUGGUGUAUCUAGUUACAAAGUGCGAGCGCAGCGAUGUGGAAGAUUUUGUUGCCCUUGCCGAAGCAUGGGGUUUGGAGCCAGAUACAACUACUGGCAUGUUAAGGGUGACUGCACGUUUGCGGAAUGGCGAUAUUGAUGGUGCAAUGUAUUUGUUUGAGGAACUGGAUUCAACAGAGCUGACUGAAGGGGAUAAUCUUCCUUUGUGGAAUGGAAUUGUGAGAUAUCUUUGUUCGGCAGCGAAAGAUGAACCUGAUGACAAGACCGUCCUCGCUUUUCUCGACAGACUCUUAGAGCUAGACGGCCAAUUUGAACCUGCGACCUUGGAAGCACUUUGCCAGAUGUUACUCUCCCGCCACGACAUAGAAGGCAUCGCGGACCUACUGAAACCGUUCGCUAGUACUUACAGCAUACCAGGAAUUUCACAGGUUCUAAAACCGUUCUCUUAUUUUAUCGCGGACCAGAAUCAGCCUACGGACACUGCCUGGAAAGUCCACGAGCUGCUAAUCAGCCUAAUCCCGUAUGCGCCUGUGGGCUUUUGGACGAAAAGCAUGCUUGAUUUUUUCAAGCGAGACCGACCGGAUCUUGCAUGUCUAGCCUUUGGCCACAUUCGUAAAAAGACUGCCCCGUGCGAUCGACCUACAUCCUCAACAUACGCGUUGUGUUUCAGUGGUAUCGCUAAAGCGGGUUAUUCUGAAGGCCUUUUCCUCAUCCACAACAUGUUGAAACUUGACCUCGAAAUAGCAAUUACCACGCCGCUUCUAGACAGUCUUGUGCUUGCAUAUGAUGCAUGCGGAGAACCUGAGAAAGCGAUGGAGUUCUUCAGAGAGAUUCUCCAUUCGGAGGAAGGUCCCUCUGAAAACUCUCUGGCAUAUUUCUUCCGGCUGUGUGGCAACUUCCGCCAUGGCCUAGAUGAAGCGGACCAGAUGUUUAGGAAGUUGAAAUCACUUGAUGUUCCCCUGAAUAGGAUGGCAUACACCAAUUAUAUCCGCACUCUUGCUCUGCAUGGUGAGCUCGAGCGUGCUGCGGACACUAUCAAUGCAAUGUAUUCAGAAACUGAAAAUCACCCUACGGAGUAUACCAUUGGGAUACUCUAUAACUCUCUCCCGACACAAAAAUGGCGCGACCAAGCCGAGUCAUGGGCCAGGGUCACCUAUCCACACCUGUGGACUGAACUUGAAAAGAAACCUACGAUCACGGAUGAAGACGAUGGAAUUCGCUCGUUCGUUUUAUCCGAUGAAGGUCAAGGAUAA